AUGCCCCGCACACUGCUUCUCCGACCUUCCGCAUUCAAUUCCAUCUCGGCCCACGGCUGUGUAGGAGCCGUAGCAGCAGUAUCAGUACCGGCAGCCCAGAGAAGAUCCUUCAUCUCGACCUCUGCCCGUUCCGCCUUCAACAACCGCCGCAGGACCGCCAACCACCCCUCGACCUGCACCACCCCUCGAUCGCCUCGCCGCCCCGAGCUCCAGCAGCAACACACCUACCUCACCGACUCGGCCCGCGCCCACCAAGCCCGCAAGAUGGCCCCCCAGCUCGACGGCUUCUUCAAGCAGGUCGACGACCUGUCGCCGCGCUUCAUCGAGCGCCUGCGCCAGGCCGUCGCCAUCCCCUCCGUCUCGGCCGACCCGGCCCGCCGCCCGGACGUCGUCCGCAUGGGCCACUUCCUCGAGGCCGAGCUCAAGGCCCUCGGCGCCAGCGUCGAGCUGCGCGCCCUCGGCAAGCAGCCCGACCACCCGGAGCUCGACCUGCCCCCCGUCGUGCUCGCCCGCUACGGCAGCGACAAGAACAAGCGCACCAUCCUGGUGUAUGGCCACUACGACGUCCAGCCCGCCGAGAUGGCCGACGGCUGGGCCACCGAGCCCUUCGACCUGACCGUCGGCGACGACGGCCGCAUGUUCGGCCGCGGCUCCACCGACGACAAGGGCCCCGUCCUCGGCUGGAUCAACGCCAUCGAGGCCCACCAGAAGGCCGGCGUCGACUUCCCCGUCAACCUGCUCAUGUGCUUCGAGGGCAUGGAGGAGUACGGCUCCGAAGGGCUCGACGAGCUGAUCGAGCAGGAAGGGAAAAAGUACUUUGCCGACGCCGACGCCGUCUGCAUCUCGGACAACUACUGGCUCGGCACCGAGAAGCCCUGCCUGACCUACGGCCUGCGCGGCUGCAACUACUACUCGGUCGAGAUCUCGGGCCCCGGCGCGGACCUGCACAGCGGCGUGUUCGGCGGCACGGCGCAGGAGCCCAUGACGGACCUCGUGCGCGUGCUCGGCAGCCUCGUCGACACGCACGGCAAGAUCCUAAUCCCCGGCAUCGCCGAGCAGGUCGCGCCCGUGACGGCCGACGAGGACUCGCUGUACGACGGCAUCUCCUUCACCAUGGAGACGCUGCACGAGUCGCUCGGCGCCAAGACGACCAUCCACGACGACAAGAAGAGCACCCUCAUGGCCCGCUGGCGGUACCCCUCCCUGUCGGUCCACGGCAUCGAGGGCGCCUACUCUGCGCCGGGGGCCAAGACGGUCAUCCCGGCGAAAGUGAUCGGCAAGUUCUCGAUCCGGACGGUGCCCGACAUGGAGAUCGACAAGACCAACGAGCUGGUGUACAAGUACGUCAAGGACGUCUUCGCCAAGCUCGGCAGCAAGAACACGCUCAAGGUGGACGCGCUGCACACGGGCAACUGGUGGGUCGCGAGCCCCAAGCACUGGAACUUUUCGGCGGCGGCCAAGGCCGUGGAGCGGGUGUGGGGUGUCGAGCCCGACUUUACGCGGGAGGGCGGCAGCAUCCCCGUCACGUUGACGUUUGAGCAGGCGACGGGCAAGAACGUGCUGCUGCUGCCCAUGGGCAGCUCGACCGACGGCGCGCACUCGAUCAACGAGAAGCUCGACAAGCGCAACUACAUCGAGGGCAUCAAGCUGCUGGGCGCGUACCUGCACUACGUGGCCGAGGAGCCGCAGCAAUAG